CAAAAAUAUCGAGUAUAAGAUGUAGGGUUUCUGAGUGAAUUUAUCACUUGUGGACUUCUAUCUUCGUGACUUGGAUUCAAGAUGAAAAUCAUUCUGCUGUUAGCGGUUGUGGGCGCUGCAUUAGAUCAAGCGGUAGAUUGCUAUAAGAUAGCAGAUGAUAAUCUGGAUAUGGAGGCGGUGGUAAACGAUCCAUCGAAGCUCAAAGCCAUGACUGACUGCUUCUUGGAUAGAAAUGAAUGCGAUGCUGUUGCUGAGAGUAUCAAAUUUAUCGUUGCUGAAUCCAUUGCUCGCGCUUGCGACCGUUGUAACGACGCCCAGAAGCAUUUGGGACGUGUCUACGUCAGCGGUCUCUUCUGGAAACGACCAGGCGACUUCAAAAUCUUCGUGGCGAAAUAUGACCCUGAAGGAAACUAUUUGGAAAAUUUCAUGAAAGCUGUUGCGGAUUAUUGAUAUUGAAUGCCAAUAAAUGAUUAUUGAUUUGCA